AUUAUGUUGACAUGCCCUAGGGGUGCUAAAUUACAAAAAUCUAAAGAACCAAAAGGAUAGUCAUUUUCUAAGGGAUAUGGGGUUGUUUGGUCCUUUUUGGAAGUUACAGUAUAAUAUAUAGUCUUUCUUCAUUCUUCAGCCAGCACUAAUAUUCUUUCAUACUUCUGAAGUAAACCCUCUCUAUGUAUUUGUGAGAGAGAGAGAGAGAGAGAGAGAGAGAGAGAUGUCUACUUCUACAACUUUGCUCAACCAGGGCGUGUUGGAGGAUCAAGAGGGCAUGGUUGCAUCUCACAUGGGUUUUUACACCUCUCCUAGCUGGGUUCUGCCUCCAUUUGGCUACCAACAAGUAAAAACGGUUAACAACCCUUCUUCCUCUUCUUCUUCAAUGGGAGGAGAUGUUGCUUGCCGUUUGAGUGAGAGCCUUUCUUCCAUGGCUCCUCCAAAACAUAGAGAUGGUGGUGGUGCCUUUGGUUUAUGUGAAUUUGGAGCCUCUUCUUUGCAAAGACCAACUAGUAGCCUAUGGCCAUGGGGGGACAUUGAUGGUGGUAUGACCAGCAAGAGAUCAGCAGGAGAUGACCAUCUAGCUGUGGCUUCCAUCAAAAUGAAGAAAGUGAAGGCAAGGAGGAAGGUGAGAGAGCCCAGAUUCUGCUUCAAGACCAUGAGUGAAGUGGACGUCUUGGAUGAUGGCUACAAGUGGAGGAAGUACGGCCAGAAGGUGGUGAAGAACACCCAACACCCAAGGAGUUACUAUCGGUGCACACAAGACAACUGCCGUGUGAAGAAGCGAGUUGAGCGAUUGGCAGAGGACCCACGUAUGGUAAUCACCACGUACGAAGGGAGGCAUGUGCAUUCUCCAUCCCAUGAUGUGGACAACGAUCCUCUUGCGUCUUCUUCCUCGUCUCACCUUAAUUUCUUUUGGUAGUUUUCAUGUAUGGCCUCCUUGCCUUUUCAUUUUCCAUCAGACCCCAGAAGUAUAAAUAUAUGAAAUAAAAAGGUCAGUUAUGGCGUA